AUGCAACCAUAUAUCUGUGCCCUGUUGAGCCUGUAUCUUGUAGGGAUUGUUGUCGCUGAAGAUGGUAUUAAAGGGAAACAGGAGAGUUUUGAUUCGGCCAUUGAUUAUGAAAGCACCAUUUAUUCAAGCAAUACGGAAACUGCGCCAUCCACUGCAAUAAAGCUGCAGGUUUUCUACAGCAUUGAUGGUAGUAAGCCAGUGAGAAGAGGUGACCUUGUGUUGGAUCCCUAUUCUCCUAAACGCAGUUCAAACCGUAUGGAGUCAUCUACUGCCGUUGAUAGUGCUGUUACUGCUGUUAAACCUAAAGGCUCUCGGUACGAGAUCCAAAUUGGUGAUGCUUCCAAUCAAAAGAUACUCAAGGCAUCGGUCCCAUUGUGCAUGCUCCAAACCUCGCGAUUCCACGAGAUGAUUACUGUUCAUGUAGAUAGCCAUGGGAAACCGUUUCACUUGGAUUACCUUGUAAAUGCAAACGAGUGCUUGCCAGAUAUUGAUUUUGGUAAAACGCUGCACUUUAAAACUGUUGUGGCUGUUGGUCGUCUUGCCGACGCACCAAGACCCAUACUUGAAAAACUCAAGGAAACAGUAGAUGGGCAAGAGCCUGUUCCUGAGCAGUCGUUUAUCCAGAAAUACUGGUACUAUAUUAUUCCGAUUAUGCUUGUUUUGACACUAUCUAGUAGUGGUGGUGAUGAUGGAAAGGGCGAAAAGCCUGCUGCAGCCAAGAAAUAAGAUUGAAUCAAUAACAAGGACUGAUAAUUCAUUU